ACGGGAGAGCCGCGGAGGUAACGGGUCCGGACGCGGGCGGCGGCGGCGGCGGCAGCAGCAGCGGCUUUCUGCACGGGCGGAGGCGGCGGCAGGAGCGGCGAGCAUGGCCCGCGCAGCGCCCAGCGCUGAUUGAGGGUCAUGCUGCGGCAGCCUGGCGCCUGACAAGUGUGGGGGGGAACCUGCCCGGGGAUUACUGCUACUGUGAACUAACAGCAGGACAGCCUGGCCUCAGGAGAGCAGGGAUGGACAGAGCAGCCACCGAGCCCAGGCCAGCAGCUCCAGGAAGGAGGCCUGGACCCUGGUGGGGAGCUCUGCGCACAUUCUGCUGACCUGGACGGCUUGGAUGCAGCACCCCACUGAGCAGCAACUGUUACCAGCCCCAGAGGACUCCAUAGCAAGAAUAGGUGCUUGGUGACCCCUGUGCAACUGCAGUUGGAGCUGUGACUACUAAGAAAAGGGACCAGCACCUCGGAUGGGAAGCAGUUGGGGACUAAUUCGAGGAGAAUCUUGGUCUUUGCAGCAAUUUCCUGACACCACCCAGGGAGCUUCCUGCUUUUUUUCUUUCAGGGCUGGGAUCCGGUCCCUGCCCCUGGCAGAAGGGUUAAACGGGAGUGCCAGCCAAGGUGGGGAGGACUCUUGCAUGGAAUGCAGGCCCCCUGAAGCUUGUGUCCUCUCUGUUUUAAUCAGAGUUCCAGGGCUUCCCCGCUGCAGGGGACGAGGGGCUGCCUCGGUGUCUGCUCAUGAGCCACAAAGACCCCGACUGCUCCAAACUGGACCUUUUCAAGCCGCCAAAGAGGGGGGCCCCCAGAGCUGGCAGCCAGCAAUCCCAAGGGACUAGAGGGCUGGGAUGGACUGACCUCCUCCUCUCUGGGGCAGCAGGAGAGGCAGAGCCUUUGUGGCCCAGCUAGUGACAGAGAUAACCAAUGAAGCCCUAAGCUGGGACCCAAGUGGCUCAGGGACAGGGGAGCCACUCCUUACAUUGAGGGAGGGUGUGGCGAGGAUCCCCUGCCAUAUCACAUGCCCCUAUGCCCUUUGCACUUGCUGCCGGAAUAGACAGGCUGCGCCGUGGCUGGCCCCUCAGUGGGCUGGGAAAGAAGUGGCCACGGUGACAGCUGCCUGCCUGCUAGCACCAUGAAGUGCUCUCUGCGGGUGUGGUUCCUCUCUGUGGCCUUCCUGCUGGUGUUCAUCAUGUCCCUGCUCUUCACCUACUCGCACCAUAGCAUGGCCACCUUGCCCUACCUGGAUUCGGGGGCCCUGGGUGGGACACACCGGGUGAAGCUGGUGCCCGGCUACGCUGGCCUGCAGCGCCUCAGCAAAGAGGGGCUCUCAGGCAAGAGCUGUGCCUGCCGCCGCUGCAUGGGUGAUACAGGCGCCUCUGAUUGGUUCGACAGCCACUUUGACAGCAACAUCUCACCUGUCUGGACCAGAGAGAACAUGGAUCUUCCCCCGGAUGUCCAAAGGUGGUGGAUGAUGUUGCAGCCCCAGUUCAAGUCGCACAACACCAAUGAGGUACUGGAGAAGCUGUUCCAGAUUGUGCCAGGCGAGAACCCCUACCGCUUCCGGGACCCCCACCAGUGCAGGCGCUGUGCUGUGGUGGGGAACUCUGGCAACUUGAGGGGCUCUGGCUACGGGCAGGACGUGGAUAGGCACAAUUUCAUCAUGAGGAUGAAUCAAGCACCAACUGUGGGCUUUGAGCAGGAUGUUGGCAGCCGAACCACCCACCAUUUCAUGUACCCUGAGAGUGCCAAGAACCUGCCUGCCAACGUCAGCUUUGUGUUGGUGCCCUUCAAGGCCCUGGACCUGCUGUGGAUUGCCAGCGCCCUGUCCACAGGGCAGAUCCGAUUCACUUAUGCCCCAGUGAAGUCUUUCCUUCGAGUGGACAAAGAAAAGGUCCAGAUCUACAACCCAGCCUUCUUCAAGUACAUCCAUGACAGGUGGACAGAGCAUCAUGGGCGGUACCCUUCCACAGGGAUGCUGGUGCUCUUCUUUGCCCUGCAUGUGUGUGAUGAGGUGAACGUGUACGGGUUCGGGGCCGACAGCCGGGGCAACUGGCACCACUACUGGGAGAAUAACCGGUACGCGGGCGAAUUCCGGAAGACGGGCGUACACGACGCGGACUUCGAAGCCCACAUCAUCGACAUGCUGGCCAAAGCCAGCAAGAUCGAGGUCUACCGAGGCAAUUGAGCCGGGCCUUGCCGCAACCCUGCCUGCCCCGCCGCUGGGUGCCGAGGCGCGCUCCCUCUUUGGGCGUCAACCAGGCAAUCGGGAACAACGCCAGGCCAAGUGUGGACCAAUCAUACUGCAGCCCAGCGAGUGCCUGCUGUCCUCCGCCAAUCAUGAGACUGGAGGGCCGGCUAAGGCCUGGUACCAAUCAGCUCUGCAACUGGGCGGAAUUUCUGUUUCUCCCAGCCAAUCAUGCGACUCAAGGAGAAUUUCCGUCGCUGGGACCCGUCUCCUCCAAUCAAUGGCCUUCGGAGGCGGGCGGGCGGCCGCUCAAUCUCCCAUCCCUUCUGCUUUUGGAUAAGGUUUUAUUUUCCUCUUUUUAAGUAGAGGCUCCUUGGAGCCUCGAUGGAGUACUGUUCUCAGGCGCGACCAGAGAAAGGCCUGUCGCUGACAGGCCUAGCUACCCCUGGGGCGCCGAGGAGGAAAUGGCGGGAAGGGGCUGCAGGCCUGGGCGUGUCCGGGGACGUGGGUCGUCAGCCGAGGCUGGCUGGUGGUCAGGAGAGAGUGUGCCUCACCCCUGGAAAAAAGCUAUGUCCCCAAAUCCGAGAGCAUUUUAGACUGCACAUGUCCUUUCUCCAUCAGGCCCAGAUGGGUGAGUGCAAACCCACCAAAGAAAAUUCGGUCAUGGUGAAAACCCAGCGGGCGCGUGGGGCCCUCCUCCACCUCCUCCCUCCCUGCCUCUGGCCGCCCUUUGCUAUGUCCUCUGACCAGGGCAUUUUGUGUCUCACCAGAAACUAGGAAAUUGUAUUCGCCUCUUGUCGGGGUGGACCUUGCCUAGGGCUUAACUCCGUAACAGAGAUGUCAGGGACUGGAUAGGGAACCAGGAAGCCCUGUCAGGUCACAUGUAAGGUGCUUCUUUCUCACGCGUGCCCUCGCUUCUACUGUUCACCAACAACCUUUUUAGUGGCUCUCCUUAAGCCCCUGGCCUCCUCACCAGCCAACCUGUUGCUCUGGAAAAAUACCAGAAAACUUGCCCUAGUAUUGGGGCCCUGCUUCUCUCUCUGGGUCCACUUCCUCUCUCCCUUUCCCUCCCCGCACCCCCAACAUGCCCAGGUCUUUGGCCUUGGGAGAGAGAACAGCCCCGUGGGGAAGGAGGCUGGAGAGCCCAGCUGCCUGUGCAUGCGCCUUCUUUCACCUAUCACCCCAAAGAGGAGCAGGAAGCAAGCCUCUUGCUUGGGGGUGGAAUUUGCUUUGGGCUCAUACUUUAGUUAACCUAAAGCUGCCGGAUAUGGCCACCCAACCAAGAUUCCUUCACAAUUCUAAGCAGACCUUGCAGACAUCCCAGAGCGUCCCUGGGGAGGGGUGGACCUGCUGCUGUCCUCAUGCCUCCCCACUGCCCGCACUCCUGGCCUGCUGCCUCCGGCCUCCUCUCUCUAACCCACUUUCCUUUCCAGCUCUAGAAGGGCUAGAAGCCAACAACCAGGGGUUACAACUAGAAAUCUACUUACAUGACUGGCCCCAUCUCAAGUCCCUAGUAGUUGAAGCUAUUGAUGGUUUUCUCACCUUCAGGGUUGGGGAUGUUUAGCAGGGAGAAAGGGCUUCUGUGAAGCCCUCACAGCAUAGAAAGGAUCCCUCUUCCCAAAAGUAACGUCAGGAAUACCACCCUUUUCUUAGUGAGUGGACACAAACUAGCAGCCUUUGGCCAUUGGUACAGUUGCUUUAGUUGACUGGGGAACAGUCAUCCAUUGGAAAGAAUGGAGGUUGGGACAGGGUAAUGGGCAUUGAACCUAAAAAUUAAUAUUUUAAGAACUUUCAUUGAGUCAGUUCCUUUGCAGUUCCAAAAGCAGGAGGCAUAGAGAGUGGGUGUGGUGGGGUGAACUGGGGCGAGGGCUGUGGUAGAAUGCCUGUCAGGGUGCCCUCACCAUUUGGGAGAGUCAAGGUACCAGCUGUUCUUGCAAGUCUCAUUUUAGUGCUUCCUCAAGAGGCUGUUUUGAGUGUUGAGAAGAGGAAAAACAAUGCAAUUAUGCCAAACAGUAUUGAGCAGAAUAAUUUAUUUUUUUUUGUUGUUUUUCUUUUGUUUAAAUCAUUAAUCCUCAUUUGGAAGAGGUAGGUCCCAGCACCCAGCCCAGAUCUCCUUUUCUGCAAUAGUUAAACUUUUUUUUUUAUUUCCUUCCCUUUCUCUUUCUGAAUUAAAAAGAACCAAAAAAACAAAAACAAAAAACCUGUAGUCAUCUGUUCUGUGUAUGAUCAUAGGUUUAUCUGGGAGUGAGGAGCUGUGACCAAAUAAUGACUAAAGAUGUUGAAGAUAUGAAGGGAAAGCAAAAUGGCUCCCAGAUAUCCACCUCUUACAUGUGAGCCUGGUUUCAUGAACCACACUCUUUCAAGUCCCCAAGACACUUAAAUCUGAGUGUUUUGGUUAAAAAUGAACCCAUUGCCACCGCUUCAGUUUUCUCCAAAAGAGAAAUCUGUUAGAAUUCCUGGCAGGAACUUUCAUAAAUGCAGAGUAUCCAUGAGAGGCUCAGUGCAUCUGGACAUACCAAAGCUGGGCCAUCUCCAUCUCUCUGGGAUGAAUUCAUCUCUCGGGGGUUUUCCUCCUUGCUCUGGCAUGGCUCAUCAAUCUGUAGCCUGCUCUUCCCACCAUACCACAGGGGCCUGCAUUUCACUGCAGGUUCUACACAGGGCACACACAGCCUACCUGCCAUUGGGAGAGCAUCAGGAGGCAGAGUACCUCCCCCAGCCUAGAAGGUUGCUAAGGAAAAGAUAAAUGCUUAGAUAAAUUUCCACGUAAUAACUGGGUAACCAUUGGGAAAAGACAAAAUUAGAUCUAUACUUUAAACCAUUCAUCAAAAUAAAUGUUAAGUGGAUCAUAGGACUAAAUGUAAAAAUUCCUAAUAGUAGUAGCUUUUUGAUGUAUUCAAACAGAUUUUAUAUUUUCUAUAACUUUGUAGUUUGUUUUUAGAUGAUUUUUUUUCAUAAUUUCUAGCUCCCCUUAUUGUUAAAGAUAUUUUUUUCACCUAUUUGUAUAUGUGUGUGUUCCCAACAUUUUUGUUAAAUACCUCAUCUAAGGCUGUAAUUAUUCCUAUUUUGAGUUUUUUAUCCUCUUACCUUAGGUUGUGAGAAGUGUGAUAUUUCAUCAUCUACAUAGCAGAUGCCAUUUUCUUCCUCAAUUCCCUGGUUUCUAAAAGUUUUGGUUUUGUAUUUCUCCAUCUAGUUUAUUUAACCCCCCCUCUGUCAUGAUUAAGACUUUUAAAAUUUGGAAAUGAAAGACUGUCACUGUUCA